CCUCACGUGGUUGCCUGUGUGCAUUUGCGAAGUGGGUUCGAGUUUUGGAUGAGACACCGCUGUUUAGGAGUAUAUAUGCUAAGAAUCGCAUGCCAUCAUAACAUACUUUCCGAUAGCGUUGUCGAUCACGAAGAGAAACAUGAUGGAUAUACGCAGAUAUGACGACGUUUCAUACGGAUUUGAGAUUAUGCGACAGCAUAAUUUUGGAUGGAAUAGCAAGCUCCUUGUGGAGCAACCUAAGAAGCACCAAAAACCUCGUACACCUCGAGUCGAAGAUGUAGCUUCAGACAUCUAUACACGUCUACCACGUGAGCUCCGCAAUCGCGUGUAUGCAUUCUGCGUUCAGGGAUCCUAUGACAACGAAGUCAUCGUUCGGCGCACAGCAAUUGGAAACGGCCGACGCUUCGCGCACCUCAUCCGACAGGCGUGUGGCCAGCAUUCCUACCAGUGGAUCGAAGACCCUACCGCAGCUUACAUGAGCGCAGGAAGUCUGGGCAGUGAGGUUGCUAGAGAAUUGCUCGAAUGCUACUAUUGGACGCGUACAUUCAAGUUUGCCCAUCACGAGCUUUUUCUGCUCAAAGCAUUUCUUGAAACGGAUGGGUUCGGGCUUGGAAUGAUCCCAGCACAUUACGCAAGACGUUUGCACAUACAGGUUCGGCCUCUUGACUUCGCGUUCCUGUUGCCGGAGAAGCGGCUGUUUGAAGAGCGGCGGUAUUGCAACAUUAUCGAGGGCCUCGCUAUCAUCAAGACCGCUCGUACUGAGGUCGUAAUCGAAGUCGACCUAGCGCAAGGGUCUCUGGGGGAUGCUGAUUACGAGCGCUUCUCGAACGAAGCUGCGCAGUUCAUGCUCAAGAUAGGAAGUGUGGUAGAGACGCUCAGACGGACGGGACUGCGCAUAAACCUAGCGAUCAUGUAACCUCAGAAGUCCGGAGGAUAUCCACACGGUUUUAAUUAUAGGGAGCAUAAACUUAGCA